UUAAUUGAUUGAUGUUUUAGUAAAUGAAAAUGAGUGCAAAACAGACUAAAAUGGUUGCCUCUAAUCGUCAAUCAUUACAAAGACAACAAUACCGAGUUUUGGAUGAAAGUGGUCGCAAUCGGCGAAAGCGUAACCAAUUGGAUCAAUUAGAAAGAGACAAUUUUCAUGAGGACCCCCACGCAAACUUAGCCAUGCAUAAGAAGGCACCCAAAUUUGAGGACAACCCUAAAGCCAACUCAACGGGCGUUUCUUCGGCUGCAAAGAGACAUCAGAUUCCUCGCUCACGAAUGCUUACCAUUAAUAAUCUUAUCGAAGAAGAUUCGAAGACUGAAGAGGCAAACUAUAUUUCAUGUACUGCUCCUUCUCCUGAUGCCAUCAUUGCAAACAAUAGUGAGAAACCUCUUAAAAGAGUGGCAUUUGUGGCCAAAAGACAUUUCUGUAGUGUUUGUGGCUUUGAUUCAAACUAUACGUGUGUUAACUGCGGAAUGAGGUAUUGCUGUGUCUCAUGUCUUAAGACACAUCGCGACACUCGAUGUCUCAAAUGGACCACUUAGUCAUCCAAAAACAAACUAAACUAUAAUUAAUUAAUAUUAUUAUAAAAUUGAUUUUUUAAAUAAA